AUGCCUGGCUCACGACGUGGCUUGGUUGCACCUCAAAAUACUUUCCUUGAAUCGAUUGUCCGUAAAUGCAGUGGUGCCCACACCGCGUUCAUAUUAUCCAAUGCUCAAAUAGUUGAUUAUCCAAUUGUUUAUUCAAAUGAUGGAUUUACAAAAAUAUCGGGUUAUUUAAGAACAGAUCUAAUGAAUAAAAGUUCAACAUGUAAUUUUAUGCACGGUGAACUAACUAGUGUCGAUACACAAACAAAAAUACGUGAUGCAUUAGAAAGUUGUCAUAUUGAACAAGUUGAAGUUCUUUUAUAUAAAAAAAAUAAAACUCCAAUAUGGGUAUUUAUGCAAAUAGCUCCUAUUACAAAUGAACGCGAUACAGUGGUGCUUUAUCUGUGUACAUUUACAGAUAUUACUGCACUUAAACAACCAAUUGAAACUGAAGAUACGAAAGGUGGUCUUAGUAAAUUUGCACGUAUAGCAAAAUCUGUUACAAGAAAUCGAUCGAUUUUAAUGAAUUUUGCUGCGCCAACUGUAAAAUCAACACAUAUUGAUUCAACGAAACCAUCUCAAUUACCUAAUUUACUUAAUUUAAAUGCAGAAGUAUUACCGAGUUAUCGACAAGAAGCACCGAGUACGCCACCACAUAUCAUUCUUCACUAUUGUACAUUUAAAACAGUAUGGGAUUGGGUGAUCCUUUUGUUAACGUUUUAUACAUCAUUGUUAGUGCCAUAUCAUGCUGCAUUUCGAAGUAAAUCAUUAGAUGAUGUGCCAUUACUUGUUGUUGAUAGUAUUGUCGAUGUUAUUUUCUUUAUUGAUAUUAUAUUAAAUUUUCACACAACGUAUGUACACACAAAAUCUGGAGAAGUUAUAUCUGAUCCAAAACGUAUUCGAAAAACUUAUUUAAAAAGUUGGUUUAUUAUUGAUUUAUUAGCAUGUUUACCAUAUGAUGUAUUUAAUGCAUUUCAAGAAGCUGAAGAAAUUGAUAUAUUUCAGCGAUAUGGAAGUAUAUUUUCAGCAUUAAAAGUUUUACGUUUAUUACGUCUUGGUCGUGUCUUUAGAAAAUUAGAUAAUUAUUUAGAAUAUGGUGCAGCUGUACUUUUAUUAUUGAUUUGUGUUUUUGUACUCGUUGCUCAUUGGUUUGCUUGUGUAUGGUAUACAAUCGGAUUUCGAGAAGGAAGAGGUGGUCCUGGUAAACGAAUGGAAUACAGUUGGUUAGUAAAAAUGGAUAGAGAAUUACAUUAUGCAUGUAUUGAUUCUUAUGGUAAUUUAACAGCAUAUGAAUCAAAUGGUACAUGUCGUAAAGCAGCUUAUGUAACAGCACUUUACUAUACAAUGAGUUCAUUGACUAGUAUUGGUUUUGGUAAUGUUGCUGCAAAUAGUGAUAAUGAAAAAAUAUUUACAUGUGUUAUGAUGCUUAUUGGUUCAUUAUUAUAUGCAACUAUAUUUGGUAAUGUCACAACAAUAUUUACACAAAUGUAUUCAGCUACUGCUCGAUAUCAUGAAAUGUUAAGUAGUAUUCGAGAAUUUAUGCGUUUACAUGGUAUGCCAAAUCAAUUAAAUGAACGUAUUAUGGAUUAUGUUGUAUCAACAUGGGCUAUGACAAAAGGUAUUGAUGCAACAAAAGUCUUAAAUUAUUGUCCAAAAGAUAUGCGUGCCGAUAUAUGUGUACAUAUGAAUCGAAGUGUAUUUAAUGAACAUCCAGCAUUUCGUUUAGCUAGUGAUGGUUGUUUACGUGCAUUAGCUGUUCAUUUUCAUAUAAAUCAUUCUGCACCUGGUGAUAUGUUAUAUCAUUGUGGUGAAAGUCUUGAUAUGUUAUGUUUUAUUGUAUCUGGUUCAUUAGAAGUUAUACAAGAUGAUGAAGUUUUAGCUAUACUUAGUACAAAUGAUGUAUUUGGUGAUGAUUUUUGGAGUAAAAAUCGAGAUAAUGUUGGUCAAUCAGCAGCUAAUGUUCGUGCAUUAACUUAUUGUAAUUUACAUCAAAUACGACGAGAACGUUUACUUGAAGUAUUAGAUUUUUAUCAUCCAUUUAGUGUUUCAUUUGCUCGAAAUAUGGUGCUUACAUAUAAUUUAAGACAUCGUGUUAUAUUUCGUAAAAUAGCUGAUGUUAAACGUGAACGUGAAUUAGCUGAAACAAGAAAAAAUGAAGGUUUAGAUCAAAUUAGUUCUGAUCAUCCUGUACGAAAAUUAAUAUCAAAAUUUCGUAAAAUUUCACAAGAAAAUCGUACAAAUUCACAAAAUAAUCCAAAUUCAAAUUUAUCAUCGAUAACAUCAACUACAUCUACACAACAACAAUCGUUAUCAUCAUUACCUGCUAUACCAGAAACAGUUAUACAACCAGCUAGUGCAGAACCAACAGAUUCUUCACCAACAACAAAUACAGCUUCUUCAACAUCAUCCAUUCUACGUUUACAAUUACCUACAUCAUCUGCUAGUAAACAAAAAGAUAAAUUAGAAACAAUAUCUGAACGUAUUGAAUCAAAAGAUUCUCAAACAUCACAAAUAACAUCUGUUAAUCAAAGUCCACCAUUACAACGACCACCAAAAUCAAGUAAAUGGAAAUGGUUAACGGCUGGUUCAACUGAACCUGAUAAUAAUAAUAAUAAUAAUACAUCAUCAAAACCUCUUCUUUCAAAUACUAAACCAUCAAUAACACAACAAAAAAUAAUAAAUCCAUUUGAUGCGAUAUUAUCUGAUGAUGAUGAAGCAAUACAAAUAAGAGAUAACAAUGAACGUAAACAAUCUAUUCCACUUAGUUUAUUUAUACCAAGAUCAGCUCAACAUAAAAAAACAUCAGAUGAAGAAACUGAUGAUCAAAAACAAUUAGAUGAAUCUCAUUCAGAUAUAAAUUUAACUUUUGCACCAUAUCGUAGUAUAUCAGCAGCAUUUGGUGAUCAUCAAUUAUUAUCAUCAUUAAUUGAAAUAAAAAAUGAUUUAAGUACUGAAGUACGAGCAUUAACUAAACGUAUGUCACAUAUCGAUGAACAGAUUAGUCAGAUUUUUAAUUUUCUUUCACCACUCAAUAAUACUAAUAAUAAUAAUAAUAAUAAUAAUAAUAAUACAUCAACAAUGACAAAUAACUUGUCAUUAGAUUCAAAACGACCUCCAUCAUCAUCACUACCACUACCACCACCAUCAGCACAACCAAAAAUUCCACUAUCAUCUCCAACAGUAUCAUUAUUACCAUUAACUACAACAAUAUCAUCUGAAACAAAUCCAAGUUCUCUUUCAAUUUCUCCAUUAUUUGAUGCACCUUCAUUCUAUUCAGAUUUAAAUGCUAACAUGUCACUUUUUGAUGAUAAUCAUCCAUUACCAACAACAACAGAUACAUAUGAUCUUCCUCGACAAUUAAGAGGCACCGAACAAUCUAUUCUAACACCACCCAUACGACAAAUAAGUGAUUAUGAUGUAACAGUACUUUCAAUUCCACCACCACCAUCAGUUUAUAAUCGUUCAUCCAGUUCAUCAAUAAUUAGUUUAGGUGCAUCAACAACACCUCGUAAUUCAAUAUCAAAUAAAAUAGCACCGGCACCAGUACCAUCAUCACCUAUUAAUUCAAAAUAUCCAUUAAAUACAAAAUUUCAACCUAUAUCAAAUACACGUUAUAAUCCAGGUCGUUCACCUAAACCAAAAACUCGUUCACAUCAUCCUUCUAGUCGAAUUAGUAGUAAACAUCAACAACAACCAAGUCCAGAAAAAUCAACAAUUAUUGAACUUGAACCAUCAAUACAAGAAAAUCUAUCGAGUAAAAAUGUUCCACUUCUAUCAACACCAAGUAAAACAACAUCAACAACAAAAUCAAGUAGUGGUGUUUUUCGUCGUUUUACAACAAGUGGUGGUAGUACAGAAAAAAUAACAACAAUAACAUCAUCAUCACCAUCAACACUUCUCUAUCCACGAACAAGUGAUGAUGAACAACCAAUGAGUCCUGCUAGUUCAGGUAAUGAUGAUGAUGAUCAUCGAUUAUUAACAUCAACAUCUAGUAAAUUUCAUCAUCAAACACCUCUAUAA